CGCGGGCGGCGGCCGCAACGCAUCAAUCAUGGCGCUCAGCACGAAUGGGAGGAUCAGCCUUUACUGUUUCUGUUUAGCGGCUAGCGUUGUGCUCAUCUCCCUGAUUGGUGCCUUAGGUCAGCUGCUUCACUAUGUUGUCGAAGAUUACUGGCUCUUGCUCUCAACGGUGUACUCCACAUGUAUUCACGGUGUCCUGUACAUAUUUUACAAACCCCGUGGAAAUGCGUACAAGGUUGUUUGGAGAGCUGCAUUGCUUGGCACAGGGACGGGGCUUGGAAUCCUCACAAGUGUCCAUGGAUCUGACUCGUGGCGGGUAUUUGGCUGGUACCUGGCACUGCUUAGCGGCUUCCACUUCUCUGAGUACUUUGUAACAGCAGUCACAAAUCCCAAAUCACUGACUCUUGACUCAUUCCUGCUCAACCAUAGUCGGGAAUAUGGUGUAGCAGCAGCAUGCAGCUGGUUGGAAUUUCUCGUUGAGAGAUGCAUUGCUCCUGGCAUGAAGCAAAUGUGGUGGGUCAGCUACAUGGGCCUCACAAUGUGCGUGGUCGGUGAAGGAUUGCGUAAAGCAGCCAUGCUGACUGCGGGCACCAACUUCAACCACAUCAUACAGAACCACCGAGAGCAAGGGCAUGUGCUAGUCACCCAUGGCGUGUAUGCCCUCUGUCGGCACCCAUCCUAUGUCGGCUGGUUCCUGUGGUCCAUUGGCACUCAGGUUGUCCUGGUCAACCCAGUCUGCACUGUGGCCUAUACUCUUGCAUCAUGGAAGUUCUUUAGGACGAGGGUUGAGGAAGAAGAGAUCACGCUGCUGACCUUCUUUGGUGAAGAUUAUGUGCAAUACCAGAAGCGGACUUGCACAGGCCUACCCUUCAUCCAUGGGUUUCGUGCUGAAGUGUGAAGCCAGGGGACAUUUGUGAUGGUGCCUGUCAGUGGUGUGAACAUAGUGCCACGUGUGGGUGACAGUGUUCUCUUUUUUGGGGGAGAAAACGACUUCUCUAUUGAAGCCUAUUUCUGCGUGAGA